AUGUCAACGAAGAUUACCAGGUCAACCGACUCCUUGAAGGUGUUGAAGUCAAAACUCAAGGGUCUUCGAGCGUCGUUAAACAACAUUAGUCAGUUCGUUAGGUAUUAUAAAGAGGGUACAACAGCUAGUCAGGUCAAUGUCCGCCUCGAACGUAUAGAUUUGUUGUGGGAGCAAAUUAGUGAGACUUCUUGGGAAAUCGAAUCGCAUGAGGACUACGAAGAGCAAGAAGGUGUCGAAAAUGAGCAAUUUGAGUUCGAGAAUCGCUACUACGAUGCGAAAUCGUUCUUGAUGGAGAAGGCCAUGAAGUUCCAGGAAGAAUCAGCACUAAAUCAGUCAACACGGAGUGCGGACGCCGCCAGUACACAUGGUACAAUGGACCGUGUACGCCUGCCGCAAAUCAAGCUGCAGACUUUCGACGGAGACAUCGAUGACUGGCUGAGCUUCAGGGAUCUCUACACGUCCUUGAUCCAUGAGAAGCCAGAACUUCCGGAUGUGGAGAAAUUUCACUAUUUGAAAGGUUGCUUAGCAGGCGAAGCUAGGGCGCUAGUCGAUCCGCUAAAGAUAACUAGCGUCAAUUAUAAAAUUGCUUGGGAGUCGUUGCUAAAACGUUUCAACAACAGUAAGCUACUAAAGAGGAAACAGGUACAAGCGCUGGUCAAACUACCUUCACUUGCCAAGGAAUCGGUUACAGAUCUCCACAGAUUGGCUGAUGGAUUCGACCGUGCGAUUCAGAUAUUGGAUCAAGUAAUCGAACCAGCCGAAUACAAGGAUUUGCUGCUGGUAGAAUUGCUGAGUUCUCGUCUGGAUCCAGUCACUCGACGUUUCUGGGAGGAACACACGUCCGCUAAGGAGCAAGACACUCUACAGGACUUGCAGGAGUUCCUACAUCGGAGAAUUCAAAUCCUGGAGUCUCUACCAGCGAAGGCAGAACCCAAAAACGAGCCACAACAACCCAGACGGAAGUCGUUUUCACCGAAGGUUAGCCACAACGCCGUACAGUGGAACACCGCUAAGUGCCCAUCGUGUACGGAGGUUCAUGGACUACAUACAUGUCCAGCCUUCCUGAAAAUGUCGCUGUCCAGCAGGGAGUCGUUUCUACGAGCACAGUCACUCUGCCGAAACUGUCUCAAACGAGGACAUCUAGCUCGAGAUUGCUCGUCGAAGUUUUCGUGUCGCAACUGCAAGGCUCGACACCACACACUGCUGUGCUUCAAGGGCGAAGGAAGAAGCAGUAGGAAUGGAUCACCCGAGAAGGCCAAUUCGGGUAAAACUGGCAACCGGAACGACUCGAGUUUUGAUCCCAAGGCAGCGAAUGCAGCAUCGGUCGAGACAGCAUCGUCAAACACGGCGCAGCUUCUGACAUCGCAGGUACUUCUGGCUACGGCAGUAGUUGUAAUCGAGGACAACCAGGGUUCUCGCUAUCCGGCACGCGCGCUAUUAGAUUCCGGGUCGGAAUGCAACUUCAUCUCUGAAGGUCUGAGUCAGUUGAUGAAGGUUGCUAGCCAGAAGGUGGAUAUUUCGAUAUUGGGCAUCGGACAAUCCGGAACGAGGGUCACACGAAAGAUUCAAGCCGUCGUCAAGUCUCGAGUCUCGUCGUACUCUAGACCGAUGGAUUUUCUCGUCUUGCCGAAGGUCACAGCUUGUCUGCCCACUUCUACAGUGCAGGCAAAUGGAUGGGACAUACCGGCAGACAUCGAACUUGCAGAUCCUGAAUUCUUCCGCUCGAGAAAGGUCGACUUGGUCAUGGGCAUCCAAGCUUUCUUCAGCUUCUUCCCAUCCGGAAGGGAGAUUCCGCUGGGAACCGGUCUGCCAGUACUCACCGAGUCAGUUUUCGGAUGGAUAGUGACAGGCGAGGUCGCUACAUCAAAUCAUGGUGUGAGAUAUUCAUGCAACAUGUCGGUAUCGAGCAAUCUGGAGGAGCUAAUGACACGGUUUUGGUCCUGCGAGGAAGUGGGAGCCGUCAACAAGUUAUCUCCGGACGAGACGCGCUGCGAAGAGCAAUUCGAGCGCACUGUCGAACGGAAUUCGGAAGGCCGAUACACCGUUACUCUCCCUAAGAACGACAAUGUUUUAGCGGAACUAGGCGAAUCGAGAGACAUCGCGCUACGACGUCUUCGAGCUGUGGAACGACGAUUGGAAAAGGAUCCAGACCUUCAGAAGCAGUACUUCAACUUCAUGACCGAAUAUCUCGAGCUCGGUCACAUGAGAAGAGUGGACGAUAAAGAGGAGGGGACAGUUAAACGAUGUUUCCUGCCACAUCAUCCUGUAAUCAAGGAGUCAAGCACCACGACCAAAGUCAGGGUGGUCUUCGAUGCUUCGUGCAAGACGUCUUCUGGGAUUUCACUGAACGAUGCGCUCUAUGCUGGACCUGUGGUACAACAGGAUUUACGGUCGAUUGUUCUCCGCAGUCGUACACGUCAGGUGAUGGUUGUAGCCGACGUUGAGAAGAUGUUCCGACAGAUUUGGACGAACUUGAUCGACACUCCUCUUCAAUGCGUUCUUUGGUUGGGAACGGAUGGAAGCGUUGUAGCGUAUGAACUGCUGACGGUGACAUAUGGCACCAAAUCAGCACCGUACCUGGCGACUCGUACGUUGAAGCAGCUGGCAAGUGACGAACGAGAGCAGUUUCCCUUGGCUGCACCAGCGGUAGAAAAGGACGUGUAUAUGGACGACGUUAUAUCUGGAGCGGACGACGUCGAAUCUGCGGUCGAAUUGAGGCGACAAAUCGACGCAAUGAUGAACAGUGGAGGAUUCAAGUUGCGAAAAUGGGCCUCCAACUGUCCAGCUGUUCUUGAAGACAUUCCCAAGGAGAAUUUGGCGCUACCGGAUUCUAAUGGGAUCGACUGGGACCAGGAUGCAGAGGUGAAAACAUUGGGUUUGACCUGGCUUCCCAACGUGGACUGUUUCAAGUUCUCGUUCACAAUACCACCACUAACGGAUGGCCAGAUCCUAACGAAGCGACAAGUGCUCUGCUUCAUUGCGAAAUUGUUCGAUCCACUGGGACUGCUCGGUGCGACGAUCACAGCAGCAAAAAUAUUCAUGCAAAGACUCUGGUGUUUGAAAGGCGAACACGGGCAAUGUCUGCAAUGGGACGACCCACUACCUGGAACGGUUGGUGAGGAAUGGCGAGCAUUUCAUAAGCAAAUUCCCGCACUGAAUAUGCUUCGCAUACAACGGUGUGUCGUAGCACCAAGAGCGGUGUCCGUGCAAUACCACUGCUUCUCAGAUGCAUCAAUUCUCGCUUACGGUGCGACAAUCUACGUUCGGAGUGAACGACAAGAUGGUUCGAUUUCGGUGCACCUUCUGAUUUCUAAAUCGAAGGUAGCACCUCUCAAGGUGCAAUCGCUACCACGGUUGGAGCUAUGUGGUGCGCUUCUAGCGGCUCAGCUUUGGGAAAGGGUAGUGGAAUCUCUGAAGGCAGACGGCAGCGUUCACUUCUGGUCGGACUCAACCUGUGUUCUCCACUGGAUUCGUUCUCCUCCAGGUACGUGGACCACUUUCGUGGCGAACAGGGUCGCCAAAAUUCAAGCGCUGACAGAGGGAAACAAUUGGCGACAUGUUUCGGGAAUCACCAAUCCUGCUGACCUAAUUUCACGCGGAAUCGCUCCGAAGGACAUUGUCGAGAACAACUUAUGGUGGCAUGGGCCUACCUGGUUAGAGGAUCCUCCUGAAGAAUGGCCGAAAGGAGCUGGAAACCCACCAGAAGGAGAAUUAGAACGACGACGCAAUGUGGUGGUUUGCGCUUCGUCGAUGGAAAAGGAGUUCGUUUCGGAUUACUUAGUGAAGUUCUCAUCGUUUACUAGGCUAAUUCGUACAACAGCUUACUGGCUACGCUUCAUGGACAACUUACGGUGUCCAGAAGAACAAAGACGGACAGGUUUUCUAUCCGCUAGCGAGCUGAAACUAGCCGAAUGGGCGAUCAUCCGGAAGGUGCAAGCGGAGUCAUUCUCGGAGGAGAUCAAGCAUCUGUCGUCAGGUUCUUCUGUUCGUCGAAAUUCGCCCUUGCGAUGGUUUAACCCUCGAAUCGACGAAAACGGCAUCCUGCGAGUUGGUGGUAGACUAGCGCACUCUGAGGAAUCACAGCAGAUGAAACAUCCGAUGGUUUUACCGGCUAGACAUCCAUUCACGGAAUUAGUUCUACGCUAUCAUCACCACAAACAUCUCCACGCUGGACCCCAACUACUUUUGGGUACGGUUCGGCAACGAUAUUGGCCACUAGGCGGUAGAAAUCUUGCGCGGAAGGUUGUUCGUCAGUGUCAGCGUUGUUUUCGAGCGAGACCGUCGAUCAUCCAGCAGCAAAUGGGCGAGUUACCGGCUGCUAGAGUUACGGUUUCGAGACCGUUUUCCAAGACUGGGGUCGAUUUCUUCGGACCAGUAUACAUUCGAGCAGGACGUGGACGACAACCAACCAAAGCCUACGUUUCGAUCUUCGUGUGCAUGGCAACGAAAGCGGUUCAUAUGGAACUCGUGUCAGAUUUGUCGACGGAACGGUUUCUACAGGCUUUGCGGAGAUUCUUUGCCCGCCGAGGACGAUGCACAGAUGUCUAUUCGGACAACGGGACGAAUUUUGUAGGAGCAAGAAACCAGAUCCAGGAGCUAUUCGCGAUGCUGAAAGAUAAAACACAUCGUGAGAAGGUGUCUAAGGAAUGUGCGGAUGAAGGAAUUUUUUGGCAUUUUAACCCCCCGAGCGCCCCACAUUUCGGAGGAUUAUGGGAGGCAGCGGUACGUUCUGCGAAGUACCACCUUCUACGAGUUCUCGGUGGAAAUCCAGUGUCGCAAGAAGAUUUCGUCACUCUCUUAGCACAGGUGGAGGGAUGCAUGAACUCAAGGCCAUUAACAUCAUUAUCGGAUGAUCCUCUUGAUCUUGAGCCAUUAACACCGGCACACUUCCUGACGGGAGGUUCACUACAUGCUAUGCCAGAUCCAAAUUUGAGCGAUGUUCAGAUGAAUCGUCUAUCCAGAUGGCAAUUAGUCCAGCGGCAGCUCCAAGAUUUCUGGAUACGUUGGCGUCGUGAAUAUUUAACGCAGCUUCAAUCACGAACAAAAAAAUUGGCAGCCAGCAGCAGAAAUGCAAAUCGGCAGACUUGUUGUUAUUGUUGA